CCUAAAGUAAUAAGUAGUAUAGUAAAUAUACCUUAAGUAUAUCUUAAACCGUGGUACAGAUUACAGUAGUCUAUCUUAACAAUUAUAAAUUUGGUAAAAAAGUAUUUAUUUAAAAAUUAUAUUGGUACUAAUAUUGUGUAUUUUAAAUAUUAAUUAUCAAUAUUUAAGUUAAUCUGUAAUCAUAAUAAUAAGCAGAUAAUCAAAAUGAACCUAAUAGUACCUUAUUAGUUAUUUCCACAUUUUAACUCUAUUGAAAAUUGGAAAUUGAAAUUUUUAGUCAAGUGUGAGUACUGAAAUGCACUCAAAGGGAGAGUCCAGUCAGACAAAAGACGACAUUGAUUUACUAGACGAGUUACUAAACAAAACUAACUGUGCUCACCUACACUAUAAAGUCCAGGACUGCAUAGCCACAACAAAAGAUUGGAGGAAGUGUCAAGCUGAAGUGAAAGAGUUUAAACUGUGUAUUGAAAAAAAUCAAAAACUUGCAAACAAAAACAAUGUUUGA